AUGACUGGCGAAGGAGGAAGUCCCAUCAAUUCGGCGGAGACCGAAGCCGAUCAUGGAAGCGCAAGUGCGCGGGGCAAACGGUCAAGCAAUGCGUUUCUAAAUGAACUCAAACGCAAGUCCGGGUAUGGUGCCGAUGAUAAUCUUCAGCCUUCGCCAACAUCCAAGCGAUCUCGGGUAAAUCGAUCAACUUCUCCCGUGGACGAAGACGGACGUCGUGAUGCACAACAAAGCCCUACUCCAGCGGGAGAUCUUGGGGCACAUGAUCGAGCAUCGACGCAUGAUGUGUUCGUGGUGGAUGAUGGCACGACUGUUGUAGGCGGUGGCGACCUCGAUGAGCGGCGUCAUGGAAGCUUUCCUGUUAUGCGAAAUCCCCUUGCAAGUGGUCCAUCCAGGUUCUUAACAGAUUCAAACGGGAGAAGGCGAUGGCUGGGCCCUUCAUCAACUUGGGCGUACAGCCGACAGGUUCUGAGCAUGAUCCAGGGGUAUCUUGGCCAACAUGAGUCACCAGAGCUUCCAUUGAAUGUUGACGCGCAGGCGUUCAAGAUAGACUGGCCAUCCUCCCGAGAAGUUCUUCCGCGUCCUACAGUCGACAUUCCGUCUCUCGAUUACGCCCUCUAUCUCACCAAUACUGUCAAGUUUCACCUUGGCCAGACGUACCAUCUAUUUGACGAAGACUCUUUCAUGCAUGGGUUAUAUGACUUUUAUCGGAAAGGUCCCAAUACAGAGCCCAAGGCAGAUGAUCGACUAUGGUACAUCCAGUUUCUUCUCAUCAUGGCUUUCGGCAAAGCUUUACUCGUGCCAGGGACGCCAGACCAAAAUCCACCUGGCAGCAGUCUUGUCACUAGGGCUCUUGAACUUCUGCCCGACGCCCACGGUCUCUAUCAAGACCCGAUAUUUGCUUACACUUAUAUUGGCCAGGCUUUUCGUAUCGCCAUGACACAGGGACUGCAUCGUGAGCCUCUUCAAGGGCUUUUAACUGACACAGAAGCCAACAGGUUGCGGUGCAUCUGGUGGACCAUUUAUAUUUUGGAUCGAAAGCUGUCAUCAUUGAUGGGCGCCCCGAACUCGAUCCAAGACGGUGAUAUAACUGUCCAUUUACCUCGGUCAGACCCGACUGUACAGAAGUACAAGGCUCUGAGUCUCCAUGUCGUUCUUUCGAAACUUCACGCCAAGGUUCUAAACACCGUCUACGGGGUCGACGGCAAGCUCGACCCUUCAUUUCUGAAAAAUGUCCAAGAAGUUCUCAGAGACAUGGCGAGACUCGCUCCACAACUCACAGCAGGAUUUGAGUUUAAGUUAAACAACUCGGAGCCUGCCUCGCGAGUCUCCGCGACUCUCAACCUGUGUUAUCAUCAGUGUGUGGUCCUCGCAACACGGCCUCUUUUAAUGUGUUUACUACAAGACGUCUUAGCAAGACGAGAUCACUCCCAACGAAAUCUGGCAAGUCCGAUCAAAGCGCUCCUCAAGACAUCUUCCGAUUCAGCAACCAAGACUCUUCGUAUACUGUCAAAGUUGAAAACUCAGCAUCUUCUCGAAACAUUUCUGCCAUUCGACCUGGAACAGACUUUCUCAUCUGCGUUUGUACUCACGCUCAUGACUUCCAUUCCAGGCCUUCACGACCGAGAGGGCAACAAUAUGAAGGAUGCCUUCGAAAUCCUGGACACGAUGAUUGCUCGUGGCAACGUCGUUGCUCGAUUCCGGAAAGAGGAGCUAGAAAAGCUGCAAGAAAUACUUCGUUUGGCACAGUCGCAGGUUGAAGGGCCGGUAGCAGCAUCCGAAAGAAAUGAGAGACAUUUACUUAUGAACUCAGGCGGAGGUUCGGAGAAUGGGCUUCCCCAGGACCGUGGUCCAGCCACCGGCAGCACAGCAAAUGGUCUAGCAUCCGAGCAAAUGUUGUCAAUUGCGGGACUGCUAGACUGGGAACCGAACAUGUCUUUGUUUGGCGACGAUCAGCUUGCGGGAAGCUGGCUAUGGACAGAUACGAUUACGCAAGACUUCGACUUCGGUGGGUGCCUCCUAUGA